AUGUCGCCCGUCCGCAGUUCAGGCAAGACUGCGCCGCGUCUUGUGCAAGAUCUUCUCGACUACGAUCCUGCUCAUCCUCCCAGCACAGGCCGUAAUCUUCUUGCCGACGUACCACCAGUAUAUCCUGAACACUAUAAUGGGCCACCGCUAGAAUUCAUUUCUCCCUCCGCCUGCCAUCACAGCUAUGUGAGGAAGCCCAACCAAACCUCGCUUCCGCUGCAAGAGGAUAGAGGAAGCCAUGGGGCUCCAACCAAAGUUUCCACCGUCUGUUCGAAAUGCCGAUACCAUUUGCAGUUUGCUGUGAAUUCCACUCCGGGGAUUGGCCAGCUGAGUCAGGGCAUUUCAGACCACAUACAUCAUUUGGUUUGUAGCUCAGGAAAGCAAAUUGGUAGUGGCUCGCCAGAGGUCACCCCCAAGGGACAGACAGUGGAGACAUUUCAAUAUGAAUGCUCAUACCUCACAUGUCCCGUCAAGGUCACCGUUCGAAUCGCGUCCCCAGUACUCUCUCCCGAGUGGGUGCGUCAGUUAACUGAUCCAUCAGUGCUCGAGGCUCGUGCGGAUGAGGCCAUUGCAGCACAUCCAGAGCGUUUGGAAGGAAUGGCUCGACCCCAGCCUAUUAAUGUGUUACUCAAUCUCCGUACAUAUAUUACCAAUGCCCUCCACGAUAGUCAACAAAGCAAGCCGAUAUCAGCGAUCAACAAGAGGUUUAUGACAUGUUUUGGGGUUGACGGGAAACCUUGCAAAGACCUCCUUCAAUUUCUGGGGUUCGCUGUUACGAAUGAAGGCUUUUGGGACCCCCCUCGUCCUAACCCAUGGGCCGAAUUCCCUUAUCAGGACAAGCUGAAGAUCUUCCUUGACGAUGUGUUACAUGAACUUUCAAUACUUAUAGACCAGCGACCUGUCUUGGAGAAGAAAGGCAAUCAAAUAGAAAAUACCUACCACCCGGCAUUGGACGAUUUUCUCUAUGCUAUUGAUGCAUUGGAUUAUCCCAAAGCCCCCCGGCUAGCUGAUUUCCAAAUGGCACCUGCACCGUAUUACGAAGACUUGGGGGUGGUCGAAGACAUGUUGACAUCCUCAAUCAUUGAGGCUUUCAAUCGCCAAGUGUCCGUGGACCCAGGGCGAGCACCAGCCUAUCUGAAAUGCCUGAAAGAAAUCGGCUAUCUUCGAGGCGGCGAGGAUGCAGAUGCCAUUGACCGUGCUGUUCAGGUGGCUUAUGCAGAGGGUAGAUAUACGGAAGCAGAUGUUGUGGACGCGUACAAAUACUUCGGUUUAAGCCAUGACGAUACGCGACUUACCGAAGACAGCAUCAUCGGGACUUUCUACGCGUAUUUGAGCUCCACCACUCAAGAAACGGAAACUCGCAGGCAACUAUGGAGAAUAGGCGACAGCAGGCGGAGUGAGCGUAUCAAGUCUGCCGCGGAAGAUAGAGUAUCAACGGUCGAGCAGGCCCAGGUAUUUCUCGGUGUUAAUGAAGAAACACCCGAUGAUUUCAUCAUGGCUAUGUUUACCGCCAAGAUAAACGACAACCCUUCAAGCCGGGACCUUGCGAGACGCGCUGUUGAGCUCAUAGCUACGGCACGCAAAUCUGAUGCUUUGAAACAUUUCCUCCAGACCGGCGAGAUGACCGCAGGUGAAAUGGACGUCGCCGACGCGUACCGCCUUCUACAGAUCCCCGACCGUACUGCUGAUGAAGGAGCCAUCAUGGCUGCGUACACGAUUUGUAUAGAUGAAGCCCCAGCGCAAGCUGAAACAUACAACAAGGCUCUAAGCAUUCUUGCAAGAGAAACGAACAGCCCUCUGCUGAGCAGCAUGGUCUCCGGCUCUGCUUUGAAGUCGGACCGUAACUUGGCUGAGUGGCCGGUUGGGUUAAAAAAUAUUGGCAAUACCUGUUACCUCAACAGUCUACUACAAUUCUACUUUUCAGUCCGUCCAUACCGGAACAUGGUUUUGGAUUUUGAAAACUUCAAAAUGGAAAUGGAUGACAACAGCUGGAGCCAGAAACAAGUAGGGUCUCGGAAAGUAUCCAAGAAAGAGAUUGAACGCUCCCAAAGGUUCCUUCGAGAAUUGCGGGCUUUGUUUUCAAAUAUGAUCUCAUCUCCGGAUUCUUAUGUCACACCUGGUCAAGAGCUAGCACGACUUACCCUAAUCAGCCCGUCUAAUGAAGCUGCCAUUCGUCGCAGGUCAACGAUGUCCGCUAGUAGGGGUGGGAGCCUGGGGGAAAUUGAUGGGAUGCCAGUUGUAGGACCCCUGGGACCUCCGCCACUGAUCGCAGAGAACGAACGCGAACAAACGGCAACAGUAGAGCAGGAAAAGGUCCAGCGGCCUAGUGACGAGGAUAGUGAUGGGACUCUGGUUGCCGAUGGUGUGAAGAACGACGCCCCACACGUUCAAAGCGACGAUAAGGAAAACGAGCCGUCUCAGGUUGACUCUGUUAUGACAGAUGUGCCACAAGAGCCGACCCCUUUAGCGGAAGAGGGAAAAGCGCCUUCUAAUAUAGCAGAUUCUGCAGCGGAACCCGUCCAAUCCGCCCAAGCUCCACCAGUUCCCCCCCGGCCGACAACAAAUGUAGAUUCCCAGAGACAAAUUCUUGAUGAAGUUGAGCUUGGAGCCCAGCAAGAUGUCACAGAGGUGAUCAACAACGUGCUCUUCCAAAGCCAAUGUGCUAUCCGGCCUCUGUCGAUAGCUGCAGAUGGAGAACAGCUGGAUCAAGUGAAAGAUCUAUUUUACGGGCGUACAGUAUCUUAUAUUGUAUCUGAAAAAGGCACUCGGUCCAAGGAGGAAUGGUGGUGUGAUAUCAAGGUCGAUGUUGCAAGCGGUUCACGCGACAUAUACACAGCUAUUGACGGUGCGUUUGAUGUCCAAAAAGUCAACGUCGAAAACUCGGUGGCAGAGCAAUUCGCUGCGAUCAGCAAGCUGCCUCCUGUCCUUCAGAUCCAGGUUCAACGAGUGCAGUUUGACUCUGUCAAAAAGCGUUCAUUUAAAUCCACCCAUCAUUUAGAACUGAAGGAGACUAUCUACCUCGAUCGAUACAUGGAUACUCGACACCCCGAAAUCCUAGAUCGUCGAAAGCAAUGCUGGGAAUGGAAAGAUAACUUAAGAGCACUGGAGGCCCGUCGAGCAGAACUCUUGCGUCAAAAUGAAAAGGAUGGUCUUGACACACCAGCUCUGUUAAACAGUGCCAGAGAAGUCUUGGAGGAUCUCAGCGCUAUGAAGGACGACCCCGACACGGCUGAAGAAGCUAUCGAUGUUGACCCUGAGCUGGUCCCUGAACUUGAACGGCUCUGCCAGUCGGCUCAAGCCGAGCUCCGACAUCUCGAUCAAGAAAUCAAAAAUACUCAGACUAUGAUCUCGAGUCAGUUUGUUGACUAUAAGCGGUUGCCCUACCGACUAUACGCCGUUUUUGUUCACCAUGGGUCGGUUGAAUUUGGACACUAUUACAUCUACAUUUUCGAUUUCGAGCGAAAUGUUUGGCGGAAAUAUAAUGACGACUACGUGACCGAAGUGCAGGAUCUCGAUGAAAUCUUCAAGAACCAGGAUCGGCACAACCCACCUACGCCGUAUUUCCUGGUCUAUGUUAACGACACGAUAAAGGAUCGGCUCGUGAAUCCUGUGUGUCGCGAGAUGGUCGAGAUCCAGCAGGAGACCCAGCCUCAUUCGGAUUAUCAACGCGCGGAUAGCGAUAAAGCAAUGGAAGACGUCACUCCGUCAAAGGAGACAGAAGAUGUAGACAUGGAAGCACCAGCCUAUCGUGAAAUCAGCACGGAGAAUGGAACAUCAGGUGAGGGAGCCGACUCCUCUGGCAGGGAAAAGAAACCGAAUAUGGUCAAUACAGAUGAGGGCAAAUCUGCUGAGGCGUGGUCGCAUGACGGGACUGACUUGCGUGGUGUGAAAUGGUAG